AGUGGAUAAUCUUGUUCGUACUUCAUUUCUCUUGCUAGAGGCGUCGACGGCUGGUUCAAAACGUCCGAAGCCUUUUUCAGGUUACGGAACUGUAGUUUGGCUGGAGGAGGAAGGCGUCUCCUCUAUUACUUCUGUCUUCAAGCUUGGGCUCAAAUCUUUUCCUCAAGCAACCUGAGAACUAAAGAUCGAAACUUGAAUUCAAUCUUCGAUUUUCAACUUCAAGUGCGGCUCUGCAUUUUAGAUUCUUAGCUUAUAAGAAGAUGAACUUCAACAAUGUUAAAGUUCCAAAGGUGCCAGGGGGAGGUGCUGCUUCUGCUUUAAUUAAGGUGGGAGUAGUUGGUGGUCUUGGUCUAUAUGCAGCACUUAACAGCCUCUACAAUGUUGAGGGAGGGCAUCGGGCAAUUGUCUUCAACCGUCUAGUUGGUGUUAAAGACAAGGUUUAUCCUGAAGGAACACAUUUGAUGAUCCCAUGGUUUGAUAGGCCAGUGAUUUAUGAUGUCCGUGCACGUCCUCAUCUUGUGGAGAGUACCUCAGGAAGCCGUGACCUCCAAAUGGUCAAGAUUGGGCUUCGAGUUCUUACACGACCUUUGCCAGACCAGUUGCCUACAGUCUAUCGAGCUCUUGGAGAGAAUUAUAAUGAAAGAGUCCUGCCUUCCAUAAUCCAUGAAACUUUGAAAGCUGUAGUAGCACAGUACAAUGCCAGUCAGCUUAUCACACAAAGAGAGGCUGUUAGUAGGGAAAUACGGAAGAUAUUGACAGAAAGGGCAGCUAACUUCAACAUUGCCCUGGAUGAUGUGUCCAUUACGAGUCUUACAUUCGGGAAGGAGUUUACUGCUGCGAUUGAAGCUAAACAGAUUGCAGCACAGGAAGCUGAGCGUGCCAAGUUUGUGGUAGAAAAAGCAGAGCAAGACAAGAGAAGUGCUGUUAUCCGGGCACAGGGAGAAGCUAAAAGUGCACAACUUAUUGGUCAAGCUAUAGCAAACAAUCCAGCUUUCAUCACCUUAAGAAAAAUUGAAGCUUCAAGAGAAAUAGCACAGACAAUUUCGAACUCUGCCAACCGGGUGUUCUUGAGUUCAGAGAACCUGUUGCUGAACCUUCAGGAGAUGAAGUUGGAUCCUGGGAAGAAAUAAGAGGGUAUGAUUUACUCAGCCAUGUUAGCUUUCAUGGAUGGCAAGAAAUAAGUGUUCACAUCAUAAACUGCGGGACUUGGAUUCUUUAAUUAUAGUCGAGAGUUACUUCUUUUUGGUUAACUUAUACAUGGGAACGCGAGGACUUUGUGUAAAUGGAGAACCAGUUAGCCUUUUGAACUUUUUUUUUUGUCUUGGUAUGAUUUUUUGUCAUCACAAUGCUCCACCAUUGAUUUCUUAUAUUCAGAUACUUUUUAGGAA